AUGCGCCCCAAACGCAUCAUUGAGACUGGAGUUGCUCCCGCCUCUGAGGUCCUUGUGGAGGAGCUCUCGCAAGCCAUGUUGCGCCUGGGCAUGGGUCUGGAGAAGGAGUAUGCCUAUGACAUCUUCAGCAACCUGAUGCAGAAGCAGCCGCAUUACGCCUUCCGGGGGCUUGACAUGCCCAGGUCUGUGACGGGGGAGAUGCGCGGUCUCAUCAUCGACUGGCUGGUGCAAGUACAUGAAUACCUGGCCCUGGCGGACGAGACUCUCUUCCUGGCCGUCUACCUCUUGAACGCCUACUUGAAAGCGGGCCGAGUGCGAAUCUCCACCCUGCAGCUCCUGGCUGCCACCUGCCUCUUCCUGGCCUGCAAGGUAGAGGAGAGCAGUUGCCCUCAGCCGUCCCAGCUCUGCUUCAUGAUGGAGGACUCAUUCAACCAGAAGGAGCUUCUGCGCAUGGAGCGCAAGAUCUUGGCCCGCCUGAAGUUCGAGCUGCACUAUGCCAACCCUGUCCACCUGCUGCACCUGCUGGCAGAAGUGGGACACUGUGCCAGGGAGGUGCUCCUCUUGGCCAUGUACUUCCUGGAGCUUUCUCUGGCGGACUGCGACUGCCUGCGCUUUGAGCCCGCACAGCUCUCUCUGGCUGCCCUGGGCCUGGCACAGAGGGUGCUGCCAGAAGAGGGCGCCAGGCACUGGGACGCUCUCCAGGAAGGUGCCCCGAACCUUCACUCGUACAGUGAGUCUGAGCUGUCGGCAGUGCACCCUCCCAUGGCCAAGGCUGCCCUGCGGGGGCCCAGCUCCACCCUCCGCGCCACUUUCCUGAAAUACUCGCGGCCUCAAAAGCUCUGCACCAGCACCAGCCCCGCCAUCACGGCCUCCGAGUACCUGAGCUGCUUCCUGGGAAGCCCCACUCCAUGA